UUUUCUUAGCCAUCAUCUGCAGACGGCUGGCAGGAUAGAAGCAGCGGCUCACUUGGACUUGUUCACCAGGGAAAUUGGAGACAAUGAUGGGGCUCUUGCCCAGAACCACAGGGGCUCUGGCCAUCUUCAUGGUGGUCAUAUUGGUUCACGGAGAAUUGCGAAUAGAGACGAAAGGUCAAUAUGACGAAGAGAUGACUGUGCAACAAACUAAAAGAAGGCAAAAACGUGAAUGGGUGAAAUUUGCCAAACCCUGCAGAGAAGGAGAAGAUAACUCAAAAAGAAACCCAAUUGCCAAGAUUACUUCAGAUUACCAAGCAACCCAGAAAAUUACCUACCGAAUCUCUGGAGUGGGAAUUGAUCAGCCGCCUUUUGGAAUCUUUGUUGUUGACAAAAACACUGGCGAUAUUAACAUAACAGCGAUAGUUGACCGAGAGGAAACUCCAAGCUUCCUGAUCACAUGUCGGGCUCUAAACGCUCAAGGACUAGAUGUAGAGAAGCCACUUAUACUAACGGUUAAAAUUUUGGAUAUUAAUGAUAAUCCUCCAGUAUUUUCACAACAAAUUUUCAUGGGUGAAAUUGAAGAAAAUAGUGCCUCAAACUCACUGGUGAUGAUACUAAAUGCCACAGAUGCAGAUGAACCAAACCACUUGAAUUCUAAAAUUGCCUUCAAAAUUGUCUCUCAGGAACCAGCAGGCACACCCAUGUUCCUUCUAAGCAGAAACACUGGGGAAGUCCGUACUUUGACCAAUUCUCUUGACCGAGAGCAAGCUAGCAGCUAUCGUCUGGUUGUGAGUGGUGCAGACAAAGAUGGAGAAGGACUAUCAACUCAAUGUGAAUGUAGUAUUAAAGUGAAAGAUGUCAAUGAUAACUUCCCAAUGUUUAGAGACUCUCAGUAUUCAGCACGUAUUGAAGAAAAUACCUUAAGUUCUGAAUUACUUCGAUUUCAAGUAACAGAUUUGGAUGAAGAGUACACAGAUAAUUGGCUUGCAGUAUAUUUCUUUACCUCUGGGAAUGAAGGAAAUUGGUUUGAAAUACAAACUGAUCCCAGAACUAAUGAAGGCAUCCUGAAAGUGGUGAAGGCUCUAGAUUAUGAACAACUACAAAGCGUGAAACUUAGUAUUGCUGUGAAAAACAAAGCUGAAUUUCACCAAUCAGUAAUCUCUCGAUAUCGAGUUCAGUCAACCCCAGUCACAAUUCAGGUAACAAAUGUAAGAGAAGGAAUAGCAUUCCGUCCUGCUUCCAAGACAUUUACUGUGCAAAAAGGCAUAAGUAGCAAAAAAUUGGUGGAUUAUAUCCUGGGAACAUAUCAAGCCAUCGAUGAGGACACUAACAAAACUGCCUCAAAUGUCAAGUAUGUCAUGGGACGUAACAAUGGUGGUUACCUAAUGAUUGAUUCAAAAACUGCUGAAAUCAAAUUUGUCAAAAAUGUGGACCGAGAUUCCACUUUCAUAGUUAACCAAACAAUCACAGCUGAGGUUCUGGCCAUAGAAGAAUCCACGGGUAGAACUUCUACAGGCACGGUAUAUGUUAGAGUACCCGGUUUCAGUGACGAUUGUCCAACAGCUGUCCUCGAUAAAUAUGAGAUUUGCAGUUCUUCACCUUCUGUGGUUGUCUCCGCUAGAACACUGAAUAAUAGAUACACCGGCCCCUAUACAUUUGCACUGGAAGAUCAACCUGUGAAGUUGCCUGCCAUGUGGAGUAUCACAACCCUCAAUGCUACCUCGGCCCUCCUCAGAGCCCAGGAACAGAUAGCUCCUGGAGUAUACCACAUCUCCCUGGUACUUACAGACAGUCAGAAUAAUCGGUGUGAGAUGCCAGGCAGCUUGACACUGCAAGUCUGUCAGUGUGACAACAGGGGUGUCUGUGGAACUUCUUACCCAACCACACGGCCUGGGACCAGAUACGGCAGACCGCACUCAGGGAGGCUGGGGCCUGCCGCCAUCGGCCUGCUGCUCCUUGGUCUCCUGCUGCUGCUGUUGGCCCCCCUUCUGCUGUUGACCUGUGACUGUGGGGCAGGUUCUACUGGGGGAGUGACAGGUGGUUUUAUCCCAGUUCCUGAUGGCUCAGAAGGAACAAUUCAUCAGUGGGGAAUUGAAGGAGCCCAUCCUGAAGACAAGGAAAUCACAAAUAUUUGUGUGCCUCCUAUAACAGCCAAUGGAGCCGAUUUCAUGGAAAGUUCUGAAGUUUGUACAAAUACGUAUGCCAGAGGGACAGUGGUGGAAGGCACUUCAGGAAUGGAAAUGACCACUAAGCUUGGAGCAGCUACUGAAUCCGGAGGUGCUGCAGGCUUUGCAACAGGGACAGUGUCAGGGGCUGCUUCAGGAUUCGGAGCAGUCACUGGAGUUGGCAUCUGUUCCUCAGGGCAGUCUGGAACCAUGAGAACAAGGCAUUCUACUGGAGGAACCAAUAAGGACUAUGCUGAUGGGGCAAUAAGCAUGAAUUUUCUGGACUCCUACUUUUCUCAGAAAGCAUUUGCCUGUGCGGAGGAAGACGAUGGCCAGGAAGCAAAUGACUGCUUGUUGAUCUAUGAUAAUGAAGGCGCAGAUGCUACUGGUUCUCCUGUGGGCUCCGUGGGUUGUUGCAGUUUUAUUGCUGAUGACCUGGAUGACAGCUUCUUGGACUCACUUGGCCCGAAAUUUAAAAAACUUGCAGAGAUAAGCCUCGGUGUUGAUGGUGAAGGCAAACAAGUUCAGCCACCCUCUAAAGACAGUGGUUAUGGGAUUGAAUCCUGUGGCCGUUCCACAGAAGUCCAGCAGUCAGGAUUUAUUAAGUGCCAGACUUUGUCAGGAGGUCAAGGAGCUUCUGCUUUGUCCGCCUCUGGGUCUGUCCAGCCAGCCGUUUCCAUCCCUGACCCUCUGCAGCAUGGUAACUAUUUUGUAACGGAGACUUACUCGGCUUCUGGUUCCCUUGUGCAACCUUCCACUGCAGGCUUUGAUCCACUUCUCACACAAAAUGUGAUAGUGACAGAAAGGGUGAUCUGUCCCAUUUCCAGUGUUCCUGGCAACCUAGCUGGCCCAACACAGCUACGAGAGUCACACACUAUGCUCUGUACAGAGGAUCCUUGCUCCCGUCUAAUAUGACUAGAAUGAGCUGGAAUAGCACACUAACCAAAUCUGGAUCUUUGGACUAAAUUAUUCAAAAUAGCACAACAAAGCUCACUGUAUUGGGCUAAUAAUUUGGCGCUUACUAACUUCUCUCAUAAACUGAUCACGAUUAUAAAUUAAAUGUUUGGGUUCAUACCCCAAAAGCGAUAUGUUGUCACUCCUAAUUCUCAACUACUAUUCAAAUUGUAGUAAAUCUUAAAGUUUUUCAAAACCCUUAAGAUCAUAUUCACCAGGAAAUUUUCCUAAACAUUCUUAAGCUUCUAUUUUUCCACUGCCAAAGGAAGGUGUUUAUCAUUUUAAAAUGCAAUGUGGUUUAGUGGAUUAAGCAGGAGCGCUGGUUCUUAUCUCCGUUGCUUUUUCUUAUAUCAUUGAUAAUGAUGUAAGAAUCACAAGGUAUUUGCUAAAGCAUUUUGAGCUGCUUGGAGAAAGGGAAAUAGUUGCAGUAGAGUUUCUUCCAUCUUUUUGGUGCUGGGAGGCCACACAUGGGUCUUUUCCUCAAGCUAAGGGGUAUAAGCUUAUGCAUUAAAUUUGCUACAUCUAUAUUUCACAUAUUCUCACAAUAAGAGAAUUUUGAAAUAGAACAUUUA